AUGGCCAACAUAUGCCAGCAGAUCUUCUUCUGCUGCGGAAGCCGCUCCAAGGUCGACUACGAUAAUGUCCUCGCCGACUCGGAGCGCGAAGCUGUGGCCGAUCUGCUGAACUACCUCGAGAAUCGAGGCGAGACUGACUUCUUCUCCGGCGAGCCACUACAAGCACUAUCAACACUGGUCUACAGUCAGAACAUCGACCUGCAGCGGAGCGCGAGCUUGACUUUUGCCGAGAUCACAGAAAGAGAUGUACGACCGGUCGAUAGGGCGACCCUCGAACCAAUCCUUUUCCUCCUCGAAAGCAGCGACAUUGAGGUCCAGCGGGCUGCCUCGGCUGCGCUGGGCAAUCUUGCCGUAGAUGGCCAGAACAAGACUCUUAUCGUCUCUCUCGGCGGCCUCACACCUCUCAUCCGGCAGAUGAACAGCCCCAACGUCGAGGUGCAAUGCAAUGCGGUCGGCUGCAUCACGAAUCUCGCCACCCACGAGGAGAACAAGUCGCGGAUAGCGAGGUCUGGCGCAUUGGCGCCUCUUACACGACUUGCCAAGAGCAAGGACAUGAGGGUGCAACGAAAUGCUACCGGAGCUUUGCUGAACAUGACCCACUCGGACGAUAACAGACAACAACUCGUCUCGGCAGGUGCGAUACCCGUACUUGUCAGCCUUCUCUCGAGCCAGGACACGGACGUGCAAUACUACUGUACCACAGCGCUCAGCAACAUUGCAGUGGACAGCACGAACCGUAAAAGACUGGCGCAAACGGAAACAAAACUGGUACAGAGUCUAGUGCACUUGAUGAAAGGUCAGGCUCCGAAAGUACAGUGUCAGGCUGCGCUCGCGCUCAGGAACCUGGCGAGCGACGAAAAGUACCAACUCGAGAUUGUGCGCGCCGGCGGCCUGUUGCCCCUACUCGGCCUACUACAGAGCAGCUACUUACCCUUGAUAUUGUCAGCUGUCGCUUGCAUCCGCAAUAUCAGCAUACAUCCGAUGAACGAGUCGCCCAUCAUCGAUGCCGGCUUCCUGAAGCCAUUGGUCGAUCUUCUUGGUUCAACGGACAACGAAGAGAUCCAGUGUCAUGCAAUCUCCACCUUACGAAACCUGGCCGCUUCCUCUGACAAGAACAAACAACUGGUAUUGCAAGCAGGCGCUGUCCAGAAAUGCAAGGAACUUGUCCUGAAUGUACCACUGAGUGUACAGUCUGAGAUGACAGCUGCCAUUGCUGUUCUAGCACUCUCGGACGACUUGAAACCGGAACUUCUUGAUUUGGGCGUGUUUGAAGUGCUCAUUCCACUGACAGAGAGCGAAAGCAUUGAGGUACAAGGCAACAGUGCUGCGGCACUUGGGAACUUGAGCAGCAAAGUCAACGACUACUCGCUUUUCCACAAAGCGUGGCAACAGCCAUCCGGUGGCAUACACGGCUACUUGAACCGUUUCCUAGCUUCAGGAGACCCAACGUUCCAGCACAUAGCAAUUUGGACCUUGUUACAGCUUCUCGAGUCUAAGGACGACAAGUUGACACAGCAGAUCGAAAGCGCCGAGGACAUCAUGAGAAUGGUGCGCGAAAUCAGCGAAAAGACUGUCGUGUCAGACGACGAAACCGGAGACGAGAGCGAGGACGGCGAAGGUGAGGUCGUUGCGCUGGCCACUCGAUGCUUGCAGAUCAUCAAUGGCGAAGUUCCAGAAGGCGACAGCCAGCCAUCUUCAUUCAAGAACUAG